AUGGCGGAGGCCAAACGCGUGUACCACGUCUGGAAAGGGCGGAACAAAUUCUUCUUUGGUGGGAGAUUGAUGUUUGGACCAGAUGUUGGCUCGUUGUCGGUUACCUUGACACUUAUAUUGGCACCUGUCAUCAUCUUCUGUGCUCUGGUUGCAAGGAACCUUGUCCAUGAAUUUCCAUCACGAAAAAUCGGAUGUGCUAUUCUGUUACUCGUGGUUAUCUUCACCGUAUAUGUAGUGCUCCUUUUAUUUUUCACUUCGGGUCGUGAUCCUGGGAUUGUACCACGAAGCCCUUAUCCUCCGGAGGAAAUGUUAGGAUAUGAUUCACCAGCAUCUGUUGAAGUGAGUGAAUACUUACAAAAACCACAAUAUCCUCGUACAAGAGAAAUAUUUGUCAAUGGCCUUCCUGUGAGGAUUAAAUAUUGUGAGACGUGCAUGGUUUUUCGUCCUCCAAGAUGCUCCCACUGUUCAAUAUGUGAUAAUUGUGUUGAAAGAUUUGACCAUCAUUGCCCCUGGAUAGGUCAAUGCAUUGGGAAGAGGAACUACCGUUCUUUCUUUCUCUUCAUUUCUUCAUCAGCCCUUCUUUGUAUUAUGGUUCUUUCCACGUCUGUUCUGCACUUGAAAUUACGUGCGGAUAGUUAUGGGGCGUUUUGGAAGGCCAUGAAAGAGUCGCCAGCAUCCGUGGGGUUGAUAGCUUAUUGUUUUGUGCUAUUGUGGUUCAUUGGAGGCCUCACGGGCUUCCAUGUCUAUCUGAUGUGCUCCAACCAGACGACAUAUGAAAACUUCCGGCGUAGAUCGGAUUCAAGGAUCAACGUCUAUGAUCGGGGGUGCAAAAACAAUUUGCUUGAAAUACUUUUCGCGAAAACAGAACCCUCGAGAAUCAAGCUUCGUUCGUACAUUACAGAUCAAGAGGUAAUCAAUAGUGAAUCCUCAUACAGGCCUAAAAAGAAUAGUUUGAGGGAGGAUAAAAGAGAAAAAGUAGAAGAAGACGUCGAAAUAGGCAAUGACCUCUUAAAGAUAUCUCAACGUCGUGCUUCUGUUGACCUCAGUUGA